AUGUUGGACAAUGCAGCAGGUCUGUCCUGCCAGCUGUGUGCUCUCUCCCACCCAAAGAAAGCAGCAGAGACUCAGACAGCGGAGCGUGCAGGAGCCCACGCAUUCUGUUCCCAGCCCCUGCUGUGUGUGAAGGGGCGAGGCAGUGAGAUGGAAUCAGAAAGAGAAAUCACUGACCUUCAGCCCGGGAACGCCAACCCCAGAGGGACCCAGCCCAUCAACCUGAACCAUUAUGCCACCAAGAAGAGUGUGGCUGAGAGCAUGCUGGACAUGGCUCUGUUCAUGUCCAACGCCAUGCGGCUGAAGGCAGUGCUGGAGCAGGGACCAUCCUCUCACUACUACGCCACCCUCAUCACCCUCAUCAGCAUUUCUCUGCUCCUGCAGGUGGUCAUAGGCGUCCUCCUGGUGGUCAUUGCACGGCUGAACCUGAACGAGGUAGAAAAGCAGUGGCGACUAAACCAGCUCAACAACGCUGCCACCACCCUGGUCUUCUUCACGGUGGUCAUCAAUGUUUUCAUUACAGCCUUUGGGGCACAUAAGACAGGGUUCUUGGCCACCAGGGCUGCGAGGAAUCCAUUUUGA